AUGGCUUUGGUUACGUACGAUAAUCAGAUGGCAAAUUUUUCGAUCCUUGUGACUAUCAUGAUUUUCCUGAUAUUUGGUAACACUCAUUCAUUACCUAUAUUGACAAAGCGAGGUGACUUGUCGAAUGAGAAAUUCUCAUUGCCGGCAAUGCAAAAUUUCUCCGGAGAUGCAACUUUUUAUGAUGUAGGACUGGGAUCAUGCGGGAAAGUUAAUAGCAACGAUCAGCUGGUAGCUGCCAUUUCACAUGAGUUAUACGACUCAUUCCUUCCGCCCGAUAGAAACCCUAAUAAUGACAAAUGUUGCGGACGACGAGCAGAAGUUACUCGUGGUAAGAGAUCGGUGAAGGUCUUCAUCGUAGAUCGGUGUGGGAGUUGCGAUUUUGGAAGUAUAGAUCUCUCUCCGGCUGCCUUCAACUGCAUCGCGCGCCCUGAAGAAGGCAAUGUUCACGUGACAUGGCGGUUUAUCUGA